AUGAAGCAUCCUCACAUCCUCGCGUGCGUCCUGCUCCUGCUGUCUCUGGCGUGGGGCCUCAGCCUUCAGGAGGACGACCUGGUCUUCGACGAUGUCGGCGAGGACAACGACAGUGACAACGCGCCUGCCGGGCCCGUCCUGAUAAAUCAUCACGCGUCUCGCGGUCGGUCCGAGCAGCACGGAUCGCCGUCCCGCGAUGGCAGGAGGCACGCCACUCGGGUCGAGAGGGCGUGGGGCGUCCAGGACGCUGUCGUUCCCGUCGGCCACGUCUUCAGAAUGAAAAUACCUCGUCAGGCUUUUUCGGGAAGCGUGGAUUUUUACGAGGUACGCGAGACCGCAGAUCGCGACCGUUUCCCGCGAUGGAUGCACUGGGACGACGCUGCCUCCACUCUCCUGGGCGUGCCGUCGAGGAAGGACUUGGGCAAUUAUCACCUGACCGUCAUAGCUGUCGGCAAGGAUCGCGACACCGCCAAGGAUCAAUUCGUCGUGCAAGUUGUAACCGAGAAGGUGGACGAACUCAAGCACAGGGACGGCAAGACGCAUUGCGACGACGGAGAGGACCAGACGAUCCUAACGAUUCUGAUGGACGCACGGAUGGACCAGCUGUCGCCUACCAUCAGAGUGAACGCCAUUGAAAACCUCGCGGGAUUUUUGGGAAUGCACACGAGUGCAUUCUCAAUGCAUUCUCAAAGCAUUAAGGACGCCACCGCGCUGGAUUCCUCCAUAAUUUUUACCGGACCGGGAAACAUUAGGCAUCACAACAAAGAGAGCCAUUUGACUACUAUCCAGUGGCAGGUUGGCUGCGACGGUCACUUAUGGAAGCAUCAAACAGAGUUGGUGAAACAAUUACGCGAGCAGGCGAAGGAUGGUACUCUAGCGGAAGUUCUGCAGCUUCCCGUGUUGUCGUGGCGCGUCAGGACGGACAUGAACCCUUUUCUGAGAAACAGACGAGAAGCCGGUUCCGGCGACUACGGCGAUGCGGACGAUUACGAGGGUUAUGAUGAUGAUUACGAUUACAACGAGGAGGAUGAUAAUGAGGAGGACUCCCGAGUACCACCGACUUAUAUGCCGGAUUUGAAACAUCCACACAGACACCAUCACGGCGAGGAGACGAUCGAUUGGAAGAGCGAAGACAUUGACGAACAAGAGAUAAUACCGAGAAUGAGUCAAAGUGAAGUGGAAAAUAAAACUACCACCACGACAAGAACCACUGAACCUACCACAUCAUCACCAACAACUACAACAACAACCACCUCCACCACUACGUCGACAACUACAACUACAAUCCAAGCCGCGCCAACGACCGUAACUUCUCCUAGUAGCACCACAACGACCGUCACAUCAGCUGAUAUAACAACAACAGCUAGUAUUUCCACUGCUGUAGCUCCAUCGACAGAGUCUCCACGAUCGGAGACCACGGACGAGGAGUCGUCGACGGAGAGAACGAGACCUGUGGAACCCAUUGAACCUGUUACCGUUUUACCAACUAUUCCUUUGGAUAUCACCACGACUCCUCUUCCUGUAACCACUCUGCCGCCUUUUAGUACAUCGGCUACCCAGACUAUUGUCUCCGACAAAGUCGAGACGGAGAUCGGCAUCGGUAUUACUAAUUUCACGAUGGAAGAGGAACAAACUACGACUUCCAUGAAAGAAUCGACUACUGUACCAACAUCGAUUAUCGUCACGGAUAUUAAUACCACCACUCCUUCAUCUGUGGUCGUAACAAAUGUUAGCGCGUCUACUAUCGUGCCUGUAGUCGUAGCGAAUGAUACAGCUACGACUACAACAACGAUGCUGUCAACGUCGGAUCUUCGCACAACGACGUCGAGCACGACACCGUCCACUACCAGCGCGACCACAACCACGACCACGACUACGACUACUACCACUACUACUACCGCGGCACCUACAACCACUAAGACAACGACGACAGUUCGGACUACGGAAAGCAUCGAGUACGGCCAAGCUAACUUCCCACCGAGACGUGAUAAGAGAUUAAAGAAGAUACCGGUGACCGCUGGCAAGCCGUUGAGUUAUGUUAUACCGGCUGACACCUUUAUCGAUCUCGAAGAUGGUGAUACGAGGAACUUGAAAUUAAGCUUAUACUUAUGGCAAGGCGCACCUAUCAAGACAACUCAUUGGCUACAGUUCAACCAACGCACCCAGGAAGUCUAUGGACUGCCUCUUGAAAAUGACAUAUCUACUUGGAAUUACGAACUGAUUGCUACGGAUAGAAACGGUGCCAACGUCACUGAUAGUCUCGAUAUUCACGUCCAGCAGCACAAGUUGAGUCGUAGUGUCAAUCAUGAAUUCAGCAUUAAUCUGAUCCUCGACAAACGAAACGAAUUUCCAACAGACGUUGACUGGGAACUUAAGGUGAUUCGAAGCUUGGCUGAACUUUACGGAGACAGUGAUACCCAACAUAUCACGGUUCGUUCCGUCAUUAUCGACAACGAACGUGACCAAGCCAUUUUUACAUGGACUAACGACAGUCUUCCAAGAAGUAGUGAAUGUCCAAGAGAAUAUAUAAAUAAAUUAUGGCGCGUACUCAUCGAUAGCAAUGGUGACAGAGAUCCGUCGUCUGCUCUAAGAGCAGUUCUAGCGCCAGAAAUAAGGGUAAAGCGUGUCGAUUAUCAAGGUAUCGGGCAAUGCGAGGAUACGAGUCGUCCCGAGAUAUCGCCAGUCUCUACCGAAGAACCAAAAGUUAAUUUCCCGCCGGUACCGAGGAAUCAAGUCGAUCAUGUUAAUGCGACAGUCGGCCAGUUGCUUGUAUUUAAAGUGCCAGAAGAUACAUUCUUUGAUGCCGAGGAUGGAUCGUCGCGUAACAUGAAGAUGUCACUUCUUACCAUUGAUCGAAAACCCAUUUCACUUUAUGACUGGCUGCAAUUUGAUAGCAAGAAUCAAGAAUUUUACGGCGUGCCAAUGAGCACUGACAUUGGUCGCAAGGAAUAUCAAUUGGUUGUCACUGAUAAAGAAGGUGCAAGUGCUACAGAUGGGUUGGUCGUUGUCGUUCAUGCGGCACCUCCCAUGGCGCACACGGUGGAAUUCUCGAUGACGCUGGAUAUUCCCUAUAAUUCUUUCGCGUAUUCGGCGCUUCAGAAGCGUAAUUUUAUCGAGAAACUGUGCGAACUCUAUGGAGACAGAGACACAAGUGCUGUUUUGCUACACAAUAUCUCGAACGGCAGUACCGUCAUUACGUGGCACAACAAAACUCUACCUACGUCAUAUUGCGCUCACGAGGAGGUCAAUAGACUGCGAUCCGUGCUCGUAAAGAGCGAUAACGACCGUCGGUCCGUGACGGACGAGGUGUUGGAUGUGAUGGGUCUGAAAUUUCCGGUAAAGCAGAUCACAGUGAUCCCGAUGGGGAUUUGCCUUGGUGAAUUAACAGGCAUUCAUUCGCCAGACAGCCAUGUGCCGCCAGUGGACGAUUCGACGUCCGUUGGAGCGUUCCACGACGAUUACCUUCUUACUUUCGUUUUGCCGGCGGUCAUUAUCGCCGCUAUGCUAAUCUUGGCGGGAAUAAUCGCAUGCGUGCUGCACAAGCGAAGACGUAGCGGGAAAAUGAGUGUCAGCGAGCAAGAUGACGAGCGACAGAGUUUCCGGAGCAAGGGAAUUCCCGUAAUUUUUCAGGACGAGCUGGACGAGAAACCGGAUCCCGGCAAUAAGUCACCCGUCAUUCUAAAGGAGGAAAAGCCACCUCUACCACCGCCCGAGUAUCAGAAAGCUGAGGACGGCGCUGACAUGCCGAUGCUGCCGAAGGAAAACUCCGAAGAACCGUACCAACCGCCGCCGCCGUUCGCCACGAAUCGCGACACCAAUCGGCAAAAUCGUCCUAAACCCACUCCGACGUACAGGAAACCGCCCCCCUAUGUGCCUCCCUAACAAAAUACGGUGCACUCGCCUACGCGUAAAUAUAUGCUAGCAAUGCUCGGAGACUCACCGAUACACAAGCAAAACCAAAUUAAUUAUAAAAAGCAAUCUCGAAUUGGCGACGAUGACGAUCGUGGGACUCUGAACGUUUAUAGCGACGUUUGAACGAAGGCCCUUUUCCAUUCACCCGGUAUGAGACAAUAUACUGCUUUGGAAGGCGUGAAUGGAAGAUUCUUCCGAGAACAUUCUCCGAAUUCGCGCGCGUUUUUACUUAUUUUAUAUAUGUAUCGAUAACGGCACAUCUCACCAUCGAUUUAACGAAAAGAAAAAUAAAGAAAAAAAAUAUCCUUGGUCGAUGUUCGGUCGACGUAACACUCUCUUUCUCAAUCAUCUAUAUUUCACGCGAAAGAAAAAUGAAAGGAAAGAUUUUUUAGGAAGUAUGGGAAUACAAAUCACGUGUUGCCUUUCGUAAAGAAUUAGGGAAGGAAGGAUCCACUGCUCCGAACUCGAUAUGCGAAUUUAGUUUAGAUCGUUGUAGAACCGAGACAGGGGAUAGGGAAUAAACGUACUUUAUUCAACUCUGUAGCAUUCGAGACAGCAACGAUAUUCAUAAAUAUUUCAAUAAUCAGUGCCAUUUAUUAAGCAAUAAGGGUAUUCGACUGUGAAUAACAGCGCGUAUAAUUAAUACGGUUCUACGGAUUUUAUCGCAAUUACUGUUUACAGAGAGUCUCCAGGUAUCAAGAACGAAGGACUUAACGAAAAUGCAUUAUAUUACGCACUUACAACGUAUAACACUGCCAGAACGACAAAUGAAUGUCGCCAAACGAGAAAGUUUCGAGAUAUAUAUAUAUGUAUAUGCAUAUAUAUAUAUGUAUAAAAUUAUAUAUUUCAUUUUUUGUUUUCUCAACCCUCCAUUUAGGAUAAUUCGUGGCGAGACAAGUAAAACGAAAUUAAACGUCACUCUUGUGAAACUAGCUCGCUUGGCGAUUGCUAUUAGUUAAGGAGAAAAUAUCAGAGAAUUAAAACGUUUUUUGAGACAUUUAAAGGAAUGAUUACGAUACAGCAAAUGCUUCCAUUGGCACAGUAGAGGCCAUGCAGAUAACUUACCUAAGAUAAGGAAAUUAAUGAUAGGUAAUAUAUACAAAUAUAAAUAUAUAUAAAUAUGUAUAUUAAUACCUAUUUGCCGUUCGAUAGACGUCAAUCUGCAGUUAUUGAACAGUGUAAUUUAAAUACUGCCAGACCAAUCAAGUUGUUAGCAUUUACUUUUUUGCUACGAAGGAGACCCACUGUUUUGUUUCACGCACAAUCUAAUGCUUUUGCAAUUUUUAUGACUUAACAGCCGCAAUAAUAUCUUUUUUUUUUAUAUCUCGGACCCGCGAAUUAUUCACGAAUGCGUACGAGAGAGUUGGCGUUAAAAGGCUUAACUCAGAAUGAAAAUAAAAAAAAACACUGAUACGCACAUUACACAGCGACGGGACUAUUUAAUUUAGAUUUUUACAUAGUUACCAAGCCAAAAAAUAAUUAAAAGGAGAGAAAGGUAAUAAGGACGUAUAUUUGUAAAAUUGCGAAAAAAAAAACUAAGAAACGUGGCUCGCACUCUUUAGGGCGCAUUUUUUUACAAUGAUUUUUGUAAUUUUUUUACCAUGCCGUGUUGCAAAACGCGCUACGCGCAUACACACACACGCGCGCGCGCACACACAUACUUAUACAUAUGUGCAUGUACUAUCUCAUCGUUUAACGCGGCGAAAGAGUGCGGGAUAGUAUAGUAUGAGAUACUUACUCACCCGUUUCUUCGAUACCUCGAUAGUUUCCUGAUAUUUUUGAAAAGGAAAUACGAGAAACGAGUAAAAAAAAAAAGAAAUUUCAUAUGCGUCCCGAACUUUCAAGGGCUCCACUCGCCGUCCAUCGUCGGGACGCCGUGCGGAGCGACAAACUCGCGGGCGCGCCUAUGAACUGGUGUGAAUGCUGACGAUUAAUACGUAUGUAAGAUAAUAACGAGAAUGUUUCAUAUGUGCAAGCUACAAGAAUCACUAUAUAAUAUUACGACUAAUUAAUUCGUGUCUUUGUAUAACGUAGAGGAUUUAAGUGCAUGGCAAGGAAAGCCAUACAUGAUACGCGACUCGCGCGGAGACUCUUGACUUUUCUUCGCGCGCGGACGUAAUAAAAACUGUCCAUAUUUUUAUUUCUAUAAUCCCGAAGAAGCGCGCCUUUUCGUUUGUAUAAUUAAACGCGCGAUCUCAACUGUCUUCGCGCUUGCGAAAAACGAGAGGGAUCAUCGGCCGCGGUCGCGUGUCAAAGAGACUUUCCUCCCUUUUCAUCGCUGGCGUCUUGUUUAUCGCAGAAAUUCUAUGAAAGAGAUACGAGAAAAUUGCGAUUGUCGCCCGUACGCGAUUGCUUUCAUAUCGUGAAUCAAUAUAUGUAAGUAUGUUUUCUUAUUAUUUUUAUAAUGUAUGUACGAAUAAAAAGAUCUUCUGUGUUAUAUAAAUUUAACGCUAAGACUUGAGAAUGCAACGCAAUCCACGCUGUCGCGCGAGGUGGGAUUAUCAUUACGAUUGUGAUGUUCCUUUGUGCGUGAUCCUCGUUGGGAAAAUAAAUAGCAAAUCUCGGGGACGCGCGGAGAGAUAUAUUAAAAUCUCGACGUCCGCACAUCAAUCUUUGCUAAAUCAAAAUUUCCAUUCGUUACGGACUACGCUGGAGAGUCCUAUUGUUUCAGGCGAGAUCGUCACAAAGUAAUACUGCUGACGAUGGAAACGUAAGCAGAGUACAGGCUCCGAGAGUCGAUGAACUCCCGGUAAACCAAGGGUUUGCGAUGCGUCACAAACGGAAGCGGCAUUCGUAUUCCGUUUGUGAUCUGCGGUAAACAAGCACAAGUCCAUAUCACGCUUCUAAUCAUAUCAUCGCUCUGUCAUUGCGUACCCCCUAAGCGCUGCAACUUGCGUUACUGUGAAAAUGAUGGUAAUGUAUAAAUAGGCAUGUACGAUAUUUAUAAGACAACGUGAGGGAGCUCUCCGAGGGGAGAGGAGGAGAAAGGAAUAAAACUUCGUAAAUAGCAUACUCGCUUGCGGCGACUCUUCUGGCCUGUGUGAGAAUGAAACGAAAAUAUUUUAUAACUGUGUGUAUAAAAAGGAGGUGGGAACGAGGAAUUGCGUAACGCUAAUUGCGACUGUGACUUUCGGCCGCUUUCUGAGAGAAAAUCGGGCUAAUAUGGGACGGGGAAAAAGUUCCAUUACGGAGGGAGAAAAAAAAACGAGCUAUCUCGCAUCGCUUAUAUGAACAUGUUGUAUACAUAGCUACAUGCAUAUACGCACAUUUAUGUUAUUUUCUUUCGAUUUACGCUUUAAAUCGUAUGCAAUUUAAUUUUCUUGUGUCAAGAGAAAGAGAGACAAAUAAUAUGUGAAGGUGAAUAUUUUAAAGCGUUACUCGAAAUAAAAUAACGUAAUUGUAUUAUUCUAUACAUAAUAUACAUCUAAAAAUAUCAUAUUGACGGGAAUUUUUGAAUUAUUUUUAUUUGAUGUGAAAACUUUGAUAUAUAUACAUAUGUUAAAAGAACAUUUGCGUUGAUAUAUUCGCGAAAUGCGAGGCCAGAACAUCUUUCGUACGAAACGUGCUCCUCCGUUGGAUGACAAAGCCAUCGAUAUUUACUUCCUAAGUUUCUCGCUAAGUGACAUAUCUCGUGGGAGAACAAACGGAAGGAUUAAAAUUCACGAAAAUACAGCAUAUCCUACCGAGCCCGCAACCCGAGACGGAUCGUACGCGAUCAUCUUGGGAUCAUGUAAUGAUAGGGCUUGUCGGAUAAUAAAUGGAAAAAGAAUUAUAUCGAAUUAAUGAUAUACAUACACAGAUAUCUCUCUGAGACUAUAGUAUACUGACAAAGAAACACUUGUAAAGUUAAGAAGUUAAUAAAACCAUUUUAGGGUA